UCCCUCACUUCCCGCCGGACCCAAGUCAGACCCAGGCCCAGGCCCAGCCUCCAUCUGGUUUGAAAAAAUCCGAAGGACCCUGCCGGGCUUUGCUCCGCCCUAUGCUACGCCCCUUCUCCGCCUGGUACCGUCAGAAUUAACCUCCCGAGUGAGCUCAGGCCCCACCCCUGCCCGGUACCCCGGGCCACCUUCUCCCGGGAGAGCGCGCCCUGGCCCCUCCCCCCCUUCUCUGGGCGCCGUCCGGAUGGCCCCGCCCCUCCCAGGCCCCGCCCUGUCUAGCGUCUUCCCCACGCGGCUCCGGCGGCCGCAUCCUUCGACUCAGCUCCUUGAGCUGAGCUGCAACCAUGGCGGUCACCGCUGAGGGCGCCCGUAGGAAGGAGCGCGUCCUCUGCCUGUUUGACGUGGACGGUACCCUCACGCCGGCUCGCCAGAAAAUUGACCCUGAGGUGGCUGCCUUCCUGCAGAAGCUGCGCAGUAGGGUACAGAUCGGCGUGGUGGGCGGCUCCGACUACUCUAAGAUUGCCGAGCAGCUGGGAGAGGGGGAUGAAGUCGUCGAGAAGUUUGAUUAUGUGUUUGCUGAGAACGGAACCGUGCAGUAUAAGCACGGACGACUACUGUCCAAGCAGACCAUCCAGAACCACCUGGGCGAGGAACUCCUGCAGGACUUGAUCAAUUUCUGCCUCCACUACAUGGCCCUGCUCAGGCUGCCCAAGAAGCGGGGAACCUUCAUCGAGUUCCGGAACGGCAUGCUGAACAUCUCGCCCAUCGGCCGCAGCUGCACCCUGGAGGAGCGCAUCGAGUUCUCCGAGCUGGACAAGAAGGAGAAGAUCCGGGAGAAGUUUGUGGAAGCCCUGAAAACAGAGUUUGCCGGCAAAGGGCUGAGGUUCUCCCGAGGAGGCAUGAUCAGCUUUGACGUCUUCCCUGAGGGCUGGGACAAGCGCUACUGCCUGGACUGCCUGGACCAGGACUGCUUCGACACCAUCCACUUCUUUGGGAAUGAGACCAGCCCUGGCGGGAACGACUUUGAAAUCUACACUGACCCCCGGACCGUUGGCCACAGCGUGGUGUCCCCGCAGGACACUGUGCAGCGAUGCCGUGAGAUCUUUUUCCCAGAGACAGCUCACGAGGCGUGACCAGGGGCCCUCGGGACUUCCAGAAAGCUCUGCCUAGGCCUGAAGAGAGCCCCUGGCCCUGGUGUGUCGGGGAAAGGCAGGGGGCACCGGAACCCCUCCUAUUACCUGCUGAAGGCCCACCUCUGUGGGCCCAGGGUCUAGGGGGACAGCCACCCCCAGCCCGUCUGCCCCUGUGGGACUGGCCCCCGUCCUCCACCCCAGGGCCCUGGCUACAGCUGCUGCCCGCACUUCUGAACAGAGAAGGUUUCUGUCUACGCGGGAAGCGUGUGCGGGUGUUGGUACGCGGCAGAGCCCGCCCUGCCUGCCUGCCUACCCUGGGUGGUGUGGGCAGCGAGGAAGGUACAUACUUGCGAGAACUUUAUCUCAUGGAUAUUAAAUGUUAGGAACCAGA